GUGUCGUGUCGUGUGGAAAGUCCUCUCCACUUCUUCAACUGUAGAUGAUGGUGUCCUUGGUCGGUCGUUCUGGGGUUCUGUGCCCUUAUUUACACACGACUAAUUUCAGCAUAUUCAGAUCCCUGUCAGCUUUAGUUCCUGCAGCUGUAAACUCAGGAGAUGCCUUGGUGAAUCAGAGAAAAUCAGGUCUUCUCCAUGGGGUGCGUUUUGCCCACACCGAUAUCAGGAUCCCUGACUUCUCCGACUACCGUCGUCCUGAGGUACAGGAUUCUAAGAAGUCCUCACAGGAGAGCAGUGAUGUGCGCAGGGCUUUCUCCUACCUGAUCACAGGCUCCACUGCUGUGGUGGGAGUUUACGCUGCCAAGACGGCUGUGACUCAGUUCGUCUCUUCCAUGAGCGCCUCUGCAGAUGUCCUGGCCUUGUCCAAAAUUGAGAUCAAGCUGAACGAUAUUCCAGAGGGGAAGAACAUGACAUUCAAAUGGAGAGGAAAGCCCCUGUUUGUUCGCCACAGAACCGAGAAGGAGAUCACAACUGAGGCUGACGUGAAUCUAUCAGAGCUCCGUGACCCACAACACGACACAGACCGAGUCAUCAAUCCUUCCUGGGUCAUCGUCAUCGGGGUGUGCACUCAUCUCGGCUGUGUUCCUAUUGCAAACGCUGGGGAUUACGGCGGGUACUACUGCCCGUGUCAUGGCUCACAUUAUGACGCCUCUGGGAGGAUCAGGAAGGGACCCGCACCCCUCAACUUAGAGGUGCCGUACUAUGAGUUUCCUGAUGAAGACACAGUGAUUGUUGGAUAGAUUUCCUAAUUACUUAAUCAGUGUAUGUGUCUGGACAAACUAAUAAAUAUUUUAAACCAUUCAAA